AUGGUUCAGAAUCUUAAGGACACCUUGAGGAAUGUGAGAGGUAGAUGGGUAAAGACGUCAUGCUUAUUCCUAUGGUUAUCAGCUGUGGGAUGGCUUCUCUUUACCUUUACCAGAACAAUAAAACUUCAAGAGUUCCAGAACCUUCCAAAUACAGUGGAGUACACCAUAGAGCUGAAGAAAUACCAAAGCAUUGCCCACUUCCCUCGAGGAGUCUUGUCACUUCCCGGCCCAAGGGAACUUCUUCAUCUCAAGGAUUUCAAGUUCUACAAUAGUAAACUUAAUGUGUGUAAGAGUAAAAACUCGCUUGUUCUCGCACUAGUCCACACGGCUCCUAAUCAUUUUGUACAUCGGAAAAUAAUUCGAAGUACGUGGGGUUCGGUACAUCACUUUCGAAAUUUAACGUUUAAUGUUGCUUUCCUUCUUGGCCAAACUAACAGAAGACUACAGUCGAGAAUUAACCAAGAAAUGAAACAGCACUGUGAUAUUAUUCAGGGUUCCUUCGUGGAUUCAUAUAGAAAUUUGUCUUACAAACACAUGAUGGGCUACAAGUGGGCCAUGGAGUUUUGUCCGAACGCCAUAAUGAUAUUCAAAGUAGAUGAUGAUGUAUAUGUUGACAGUUUCCAGAUUUUAAACUUCCUCUAUUCUACUUUCGGUUUGAAACCCUUCAAUAUAUUAGCUUGUUCUGUCAUAUCCUCCGGCACUUUAACUCACAGGAGCGGAAAGUGGGGUGUCAGUCGAAGUGAAUUCAGUUUCGAUAUGUACCCUGAGUACUGUUCUGGAAUGGGGUACUUCGUUUCUUUAGACAUUGUCAAAGACAUUCUCGCAGCAAGUAGAUAUGCCCCAUUCUUCUGGAUUGACGAUAUAUUUGUAACAGGUCUAGUAGCUGAGGUACUGAACUUGAAUAGGCUGCCCAUCAACGCGCAUACUUCAGAUAGGCCCGAAGAAAUGACCAAAUGGUUACGGCAAGGAAAAGGACCAAGUCCAUACAUGUUAGGAUUAAUAAGUCCACAUAACGGAAUGGAAAUUCUUGCAGCUUUAUGGAAUAAAACAACAAUUAGGGCGAAUAACUACACUGGGAAUCUUUAUAUUAAAAACAAUCCUAAGUAUUUGUGUUGA